CACCCGAAUUUCUAUUUUUCAAAGAGCGAAGCUGUUUUACUCUCUUCACCCCCUACUGCUCACUCUAUUCCUCCUCAGUCUGGACACGCGCUAUCCCCUUUCUGCGGUUGAGCCCGGGUAUUCUGCAUUCCACACAAAAAGAACACUACUAGUUGUCAAUUUCGCCGCUUCGCGUUUUCAUAUACAUAGCAGACACACGGGCUGUACUUGCGCAUUGAUACAUCAGCCAUGACUGGAAGCGACCACAAAAAGCAGGGCCUGAAGAGCAAGUUACGGGUAUUCUCGAGCACAUCACAUCUGCGGGACCUGGUUCGGAGCCAUGGGGCACAGGGGGCAGCACCUACGGGCAGACGGCCACCAUCGCCGCCACCGCCCCCGGUGCCUAGCCUGCCGCCAGAUGUCGUGCUGCCAGCACACCGUGGGCGGGGGUCAAACGCAUCACAACAACAACAGCAGCCAGGCAACGACUACUCCUAUCUGCUAAAGCCAUCGCGGCCCACGCAUGAGCACAGCCUGUCGAAUAGCUCGGCACGGCAGCGGGACCUGCUGUCAGUAAAAGAUGCGCUGUCCGGCCCGCUCUCGCACCAGAUAUCAGCGCGCGAGAGCGUGGCCAGCAUGGACACAGGGGUUGUCCGCCAGGCAUCGACAAAUCAGCUGCACUCGACGCGCUCAAAGCAGUCCAUGUCCAGCAUGGGGAAUGGAGCGGACGGGAUCAGGGGCCAGCUCGAAUGGCAGCAAGUGGUUCCGGCGGGCACGCGGGCGUGGCAGCUCGGGCAAGCAGGAGGGGACAGCAGAGAACCCGUUCCAGCUGGACAUGAAUUUCUCAGAUAUUGGCGAGUUUGUCGAUAUGACCAAGGUGCGGCGGCCCUCGGCGACCUCGUCGCUGAGCACAGCGGAAUCGGCGUUCCGCGUACCGCCGGUGGCAGGCGGCAACCGCGAUGAGAGCGAGCGGCGAGGGUCGUUCCAGACAGAUUCGGGGUCGCUGCUGAUGCAGCAGCAUCGGCGAAAGAGCUCCAAGGGGAGCCGUUCGGUGCUCAGCAAAAGGUCACUGGUGGGCAGCCCGCAUGUGCGGCAGGCGUCGGUGUCGGAUUCCCGGUCGAUGGCAUCGAGUUUAAAGG